AGCUGGCUGACACGCCUGGUGCAUCGUGAGUAUACAUUUCGUUCUGUAUCUGCUAGAUCUCUGACCCUCCUCAGAAACACAAUCUCAUGCAUUCACACAUCUGUUGUUCGCUAUCAGCUUGGGUCUGUGCACAUACAACUUCUUCCGCGCGAUCAGCUUGGAUCCAGGAGGAUGCCCGAAACCAGCGAGUGAUGCUGAGCUCAAGUCGAUAAUCGAGGACUUGGCGUCUGAAGGACGACUCAAUGGCCAGACUUUCUGCAUCCAGUGCAUGGCACGAAAGCCACUCCGCUCAAAGCAUUGUCGUACUUGCGAUCGGUGUAUCGCCCGGCAUGAUCACCAUUGUCCAUGGGUGUGGAAUUGCAUUGGAGUGAACAACCACAGACAAUUCCUGCUCUUCGUGACUACUCUCGUGAUUGGGAUUGUACUCUUCGACUAUCUCACAUUUGCAUACUUCUCUUCCACCGACGACUCCACCGAUCCCAGCAACAUCUCUCCUGCGUGCAUUCUACCCGCCAACCUCUGUGCCAUCACCGCCUACGACACGUUCCUCUUCUCCGUCGCCGUGUGGUCGACGCUCCAGCUCUCAUGGACGAUCGUCCUCCUCGGCAGCCAGCUCUGGCAAGUCGCGCGGCAACUGACGACCUUCGAGGUGUCCAACCUCGGCCGGUACGGCUUCAUGGGCGGGCGCGGCGGCGCGAGCAUGAGCAGCCAGAUGGGCCACCAGCACCGGCAGGUGCUGGGGGACACUGACGUGGCUAUCGAGGGCGUGACGGCCGUGCAUCACCACGCGCACAGCCACGGCAUGUGCGCAGGCUGCGGGAGCGGGUUCUUGAUGAACCUGCUCGGGUUCGACCGUUUCACGAAGGGCAAGGCGGCGGACGGACUGGCGCGCGCCGGGAGCGCGCCGAACCCGUUCGACCUGGGGGUUUUUGGGAACUGUAAGGACUUUUGGACAAAGGGCCGCGAGCUGGGCGUGGAGUAUGAGCGGGUGUAUGAUGUGCCUGCGGAAGGGUUCACGGAGGCAAAGAGGAAGAGACAGAGAGAGGAGGGGGAUGAUUUGCAUGUGGAGGUUGCGGGGAGGAAGUCGUUGAGGAAGAGUCUGUUGAUGGGAUUGGGGUUGGGACGACCGGGAGGGAGCAGUCGGUCGGGGUACGAGCCGCUCAGCCAGGUGUAGAUGUUGUGCAUUUACCCUCUGGAGGACUAUGUGUUGGAGUGCAAUAUGUAUUUUACCCUGUCAUGCAUGGUUUGUUUUGUAUCCCUUCUAAAGGGGCGAAGUCUCAGCGAAAGCGCAAGCAAUCGGACGCGUCCACGUGAUCAUAUGAAACGCGUCGGUGGCGCCAGCCGC